GAGAGAGAGAGAGAGAGAGAGAGAGGCAGAGGGAGCAGGAGCAGUGAACUGUGAGGAGAAGUGUUAGAAACUAGACGACUGGCUGACAGACUGGCUGACAGACUGACUGAGAGACUCCUGUUGUUGGACUCCCGGUUGCUCGCGUCGCUGCUGCAGCCUCUGCCCCGCGUUUUAUGAGAAAGGACAGCAGCUCGAGUCGCUCCACAGAGAUGGCAGUGUGGAUCCAGGCCCAGCAGCUCCAGGGAGAUGCUCUGCACCAGAUGCAGUCUCUGUACGGUCAACACUUCCCCAUUGAAGUGCGACAUUAUCUGUCCCAGUGGAUAGAGGGCCAGCUCUGGGAUGCCAUAGACCUGGAAAACCCACAGGAGGAGUUCAAGGCCAAACGCCUGCUGGACAGUCUGAUCCAGGAGCUUCAGAACAAGGCUGAGCACCAGGUCGGAGAGGAUGGCUUCUUACUCAAAAUCAAACUGGGACACUACGCCAGCCAACUCAAGAGCACGUAUGACCGCUGUCCUCUGGAGUUGGUCCGAUGCAUCAAACACAUCCUCUACACAGAGCAGAGGCUCGUCAGAGAGGCCACCAAUUCGAGCUCUCCGGUCGGUGGGAUGAUGGACAGCAUGUCUCAGAAAUACCAACAGAUCAACCAAGCUUUUGAGGAGCUUCGUCUGCUGACCCAGGACACAGAGAAUGAUCUACGCAAGCUCCAGCACAACCAGGAGUACUUCAUCAUCCAGUACCAGGAGAGCCUCCGCAUCCAGGCUCAGCUGACCAGCCUGGCCACGCUUCCCCCUGCUGACAGACAGCUACGGGAGCCAGCCCUUCUCAGCAAGAGAGCCACUGUGGAGUCAUGGCUGACCAGAGAGGCCAACACACUACAGAAAUACAGAUUGGAUCUGGCGGAGAAGCACCAGAAAACACUGCAGCUGUUGAGGAAGCAGCAGACCAUCAUUCUUGAUGAUGAGCUGAUCCAGUGGAAGAGACGGCAACAGCUGGCAGGCAACGGGGGCCCACCAGAGGGAGGCCUGGACAUCCUGCAGUCCUGGUGUGAGAAGCUUGCGGAAACUAUUUGGCAAAACAGGCAACAGAUUCGAAGAGCAGAGCAUCUCAGACAACAGCUGCCUAUCCCCGGACCCAUUGAAGAGCUCCUCAAUGAACUCAACAGCACCAUCACCGAUAUCAUCUCAGCAUUGGUCACCAGCACCUUCAUCAUUGAAAAACAGCCUCCACAGGUGCUAAAAACCCAAACCAAGUUUGCUGCUACUGUGCGCCUUCUAGUCGGUGGGAAAUUGAAUGUCCACAUGAACCCUCCACAAGUCAAAGCCACCAUCAUUAGUGAACAGCAAGCCAAGGCCCUGCUGAAGAAUGAGAACACCAGGAAUGAUAGCAGUGGCGAAAUUCUCAACAAUAACUGUGUGAUGGAGUACCAUCAAACUACAGGCACUCUCAGCGCCCACUUCAGGAACAUGUCCCUGAAGAGGAUCAAGCGAUCGGACAGGCGAGGAGCAGAAUCUGUCACAGAAGAGAAAUUCACCAUUCUGUUUGAGUCGCAGUUCAGUGUUGGAGGCAAUGAGCUUGUCUUUCAAGUGAAGACAUUAUCGCUUCCUGUAGUGGUGAUUGUUCAUGGUAGCCAAGACAAUAAUGCCACAGCAACCGUUUUGUGGGACAAUGCUUUUGCAGAGCCGGGACGGGUGCCUUUCCUCGUGCCAGAUAAGGUGCUUUGGCCUCAGCUAUGUGAUGCCAUCAACAUGAAGUACAAGGCUGAGGUGCAGAGUAACCGAGGCCUGUCUGAGGAGAACCUGGUCUUCCUGGCUCAAAAGGCUUUCAGCAGCUCCAGCAACAACCCUGAUGACUACCGUAACAUGACCAUGACUUGGUCACAGUUUAACAGGGAAAGCUUGCCAGGGAGGAACUUCACAUUUUGGCAGUGGUUUGAUGGUGUGAUGGAACUCACAAAAAAGCAUCUCAAACCACACUGGAAUGAUGGAGCCAUAUUGGGCUUUGUAAACAAACAGCAGGCUCAGGACAUGCUAAUGUCCAAACCAAACGGCACUUUCCUUCUGCGCUUUAGUGACUCCGAGAUCGGAGGAAUCACAAUUGCCUGGGUGGCAGAAAAUCCAAACAAAGCAGGUGAAAGAAUGGUUUGGAACCUCAUGCCCUACACAACCAAAGACUUCUCCAUUCGCUCUCUGGCUGACCGCAUCAGCGAUCUCAAUCACCUCCUGUUCCUCUACCCCGACAGACCCAAGGACGAGGUUUUCUCCAAAUAUUACACCCCCCCACUCUCCAAAGCAGUGGAUGGCUACGUGAAACCACAGAUCAAACAAGUGGUGCCAGAGUUUGCUACAGCCAAUCCAGAUCCAGCAAGUGGUAACCCAACAUAUAUGGAUCACGGCGCCUCCCCAGCACCUGUCAAUCACCCUCACCCCUACGGCAUAUACCCACCUAUGAGUGAUUCUAUGUUGGACGCGGAGGGAGACUUCGACCUGGACGACACCAUGGAUGUGGCGAGGCACGUUGAGGAGCUUCUGCGGCGGCCUGUAGAGAGUCAGUGGGGCGGCCAACAGUCCUGACCCUUGACCCUUUAACCCGUGACAACACCAAACAAACCCUGCCUCCCUACAAGCCCCACUCGCAUUGACAUUUUUCAUGGUUUAAUUCCAUUCAUUUCUCUUUUUUUUUCAGAUAGCUAUAAUGUGAAAUGUUAAUAAUGGUUGUGAUUUUUUUUUUUUCUUUUCAGCAUGAGAGCAUGCAUGUCAGUGACUUCUCUUAGUUUUAUUUGUGUCCAUAAAUGUUUGUAAAACAGACUAGGUAUAAUGCAAAAUCCACAAUGUUACAGUAUUGUGAAAAAGAAAAGAAGGUAAUGUUCAUUCACAUUGUGCAUGUAUUUGGUAUUGAUUUUUCAACAGAUUUCAAAAAUAUGCUACUGUAUGAAGUCAUUUUAACAGCUGAAUGUUUUUAUUUUGUCAUAUUUCCUUCUUUGUAAAUGGGUUAUCAUUAUUUUGAUAGUGACAUUGAACUUUGACAAAAAAAAAAAGAAACUUUAAUGAAGAGUUUUGCUUUUGCUCUUGACAACAUUAUCUGAGUCAUUGUUCUACAGAGUUACGGUCUGUUUUUUGAUUCGAUAUACACUAACCUAAAGGCAGAGUGACUCUCUUUGCUCUCUGCAACUGACAGCACACACAUGAGCACAUGGUACACAUGUGCGCGUGUACAAUGUACUUGUUCUGAUUUGUUCACCAGCUGAAACCCAGGAGGAGAGUUUAUGCACCUCCCACAGGGCUAUUUGUCUUCUGUUUGUACACAGAAAUGCAAGUCUAAGCAUUUACCCAGCACUGCCUGCUUGUCCUCUCAGGUCCCUCUGUUCCCCUCAUCAAUGCUACCUCGCAUUAUUCUACUGACAGUCUUUGUUGUUAUUGGUUCUGUUGUUGUUUCUGCACCACAUUCACACCAGUAGGUACGCUCAUUGGGUGUUGUUCUUCUAAGUUGUGUUGAUAUGUGCAAAGAAGAUCCCUUGCUGCCCGGCGGCUAACUCUGUUGGCUGUUUUAUGCUUGAAACCACUCACCUGAUGAAGCCUAGAGGAAGUAUGUAACCAACGGAACCUACACCUUUUCCUGAAAAUUCCUAAUUUAAUCAAUCCCACUGGUUACAAGGUAUGCCUGAAUAUUCCAUUCUGACUUUUCCGCCUAUCCGUCCUCUUGUUGCUGUAGCUGCGUCAUGACAUGUUGGCAAAACUGGAUGUGACAACAUGACCACACCAGCAGCUGAAGGUGCAAGGUGUAGAAUUAAAUGCUUGCAGAGACACCAGCCACUGAGCUGUAUAUAAAACUCAAGGAUGUUUGAUGGUUUUUGUUCCCAGUCAAGUUUUCAUUGUGCAUCCCAUAAAACAUAACAAAUAUAUUAGCCUAUUACCCUACUCCUUCUACACACACCCAUAACGCUGAAUAGUAAAUGUGUUUGCCGACAAAAGCCUUGCACCUCAGGAAUGAAUUUCUUUGCUUAGCUGAUGUAUAAGCCAAAUUGAAAAUGAUCUGUGUAUACAGAAUAUAUGAAUUUAUUUUCUCUAUCAUAAUUCUAUUUUAUUAUUGUUUCUCUGGCACUCCCCUAUCGAAUGUAACCCCUUUGCAUGACCCUGUUGAGGAUUUACAUACAAAUGCCUACUCAGUCUCAAGUUUCAAGUCUCGUAUCAUCAGAGAUCACAGGUGGAAAAAGGACACACAGAGCAACUGGAAAUCAGAUUUAUGAUGUAUUUUUGUUUUUGUCCGACAGACAUUGCUGUAUUAAACAUAUUCCCUCGGCUAUCUCUUCAUUUCUUAUUCAAACAUUUUUUGUAUCUCGCUUUCUAUCCCGUUUUUGAAAUCUCAAGCCACAUGGGCGGUCUUGUGAUAUUAUCCUUCAUUACCAUUAUUCUCAUCAUUUUUAAGGUUCGUUCCACUGUAGACUGUGCAUUUUAUGAUGAUGUAGAUGGCGCUGUGUGCUGUUCGAUGUAUGUACCAUGUUUGUGGUUUGGGUUUAUCACUUGGGAGGUUUACCAAGAGAAACAGCUGUUGAGUUGAAAAAGAAGAAAAUAAAGUUUUAUAAAUAAUUUUAACUCAACCUGUAGAAGUACUGAAGAUUUUAAUGUCACUACAAAAUAAAUGCGCUUUUUUUUAA